CUGGCUCCCCCAUGCACGGGGCUAGGUGUGCGCGCAGCUCUCCCGGCGCUAGUUUGCGCGCGCUCUCUGUCGCCUAUGCAAAUCCACACGCCCCCAGCCGGAGUUAGGAUGCUGCUGCCGCUUCUUCCUCCUCUGCAAGACCCAGCUCCCGCAGACUUGUUCUCAAGACUAUGAAAUGACCAGUCCUCUUCACCUAGCAGCAGCAGCCUGGGCACCUGACCUCCUCCGCGCAACCUUGAGCAGACCGGUGGGGAGAAAAGGGCUCCUCUCCUCACCUCUCCUCCUGUGCCUGGGUGCGGUGGCAAAGCCAGGGGGGCUGUGAAAGCAGCGCAGACUCGGGGCACGUUGGUGGCAGCCUUUGGGCUCCCCAGACUGGACGAGUGGCAGGAGAAGCAGCCACUUGAAGAAGGGAGGGGCUCUUGAAAAGCUGCUCCCCUCUCCUCCUCUUCCUCCCCCCCCUUGCCCGAAGAAAGUGGAGUGCGGGGCUUGCUUCUUCCCGAGGACUGCUGCUGGUGGUGGUGUGUGUUUUUUCCUUUGCUUGCUUCUCUGACCAGCCAUGGGGAAAGGUCUGGAAAGCACGGCUGCCCGAUGCGGACUGGGACUGGGAUACUUACUGCAAACGUUCGUGUUACCUGCCCUGGCUAUCCUGAGCGCCAGCAGCACGGGCUCCGCAGCGCAAGAUGAUGAUUUUUUUCAUGAACUCCCAGAAACCUUUCCUUCUGAUCCUCCAGAGCCUCUGCCUCAUUUCCUCAUUGAGCCUGAAGAAGCUUACAUCGUAAAGAACAAACCUGUGAACUUGUACUGCAAAGCCAGCCCUGCCACCCAGAUCUAUUUCAAGUGCAACAGUGAAUGGGUUCAUCAGAAGGACCAUGUGGUGGAUGAGCGAGUAGAUGAAACUUCUGGUUUGAUUGUUCGGGAAGUGAGCAUUGAGAUUUCCCGUCAGCAGGUGGAAGAACUCUUUGGACCUGAAGAUUACUGGUGCCAGUGUGUCGCUUGGAGCUCUGCCGGCACUACUAAGAGUCGAAAGGCCUAUGUUCGCAUUGCAUAUCUCCGGAAGACUUUUGAACAGGAGCCCCUGGGGAAAGAAGUGUCUUUGGAACAGGAAGUCCUGCUCCAGUGCCGUCCACCUGAAGGCAUCCCAGUAGCUGAGGUGGAGUGGUUGAAAAAUGAAGAGGUGAUUGAUCCCGUCGAAGAUCGGAAUUUUUACAUCACCAUUGAUCACAACCUGAUCAUCAAGCAGGCACGUCUUUCUGACACAGCUAAUUACACCUGUGUCGCCAAAAACAUCGUCGCCAAGAGGAAAAGCACUACUGCCACUGUAAUUGUCUAUGUCAAUGGCGGCUGGUCUACCUGGACUGAGUGGUCAGUGUGUAAUGGUCGCUGUGGAAGAGGCUAUCAGAAGCGCACAAGGACCUGCACCAACCCUGCCCCACUCAAUGGUGGUGCCUUUUGUGAGGGCCAAAGUGUCCAAAAAAUAACUUGCACCACCCUGUGUCCAGUGGAUGGUAGAUGGACAGCGUGGAGUAAGUGGUCUACCUGUGGAACAGAGUGUACCCAUUGGCGCAGGAGGGAAUGCACAGCGCCAGCACCGAAGAAUGGCGGGAAAGAUUGUGAGGGUCUCGUUCUGCAGUCCAAGAACUGCACAGAUGGGCUGUGUAUGCAGAGUUUCAUUUAUCCUAUUUCAACUGAACAGAGAACCCAGAAUGAAUAUGGAUUUUCUUCUGCUCCUGACUCAGAUGACGUAGCUCUCUACGUUGGCAUUGUGAUAGCUGUAAUCGUGUGCCUAGCUAUUUCAGUGAUUGUGGCACUGUUCGUGUAUCGGAAGAACCACCGUGACUUUGAGUCAGAUAUUAUAGACUCCUCGGCACUGAAUGGCGGAUUCCAACCCGUUAACAUCAAGGCUGCAAGACAAGAUCUCCUGGCAGUGCCACCAGACCUCACAUCUGCUGCAGCCAUGUACAGAGGUCCUGUCUACGCCUUGCAUGAUGUCUCUGAUAAAAUCCCAAUGACCAACUCUCCAAUCCUUGAUCCACUGCCCAACCUGAAGAUCAAGGUCUAUAGUACCUCGGGUGCAGUCACCCCACAGGACGACCUGUCCGACUUCUCAUCCAAGUUAUCCCCACAGAUAACUCAGUCUCUGCUGGAAAACGAGACCCUGAACAUGAAAAACCAGAGUCUUGCUCGACAAACAGACCCAUCAUGCACUGCUUUUGGCACCUUCAACUCCCUUGGAGGUCACCUGAUCAUUCCCAAUUCAGGCGUAAGUUUGCUGAUCCCUGCAGGGGCUGUUCCCCAGGGAAGAGUAUAUGAAAUGUAUUUGACAGUUCACAGGAAGGAGAACAUGAGGCCACCAGUGGAAGACAGUCAAACCCUUUUGACCCCCGUGGUGAGCUGUGGGCCUCCAGGAGCGUUGCUGACACGGCCUGUCAUUCUAACUAUGCACCAUUGCGCAGAGCCAAACACAGAGGACUGGAAGAUCCAGCUGAAGAACCAAGCAGCCCAGGGACAGUGGGAGGACGUGGUGAUGGUUGGAGAGGAGAACUUCACCACUCCAUGCUACAUCCAGCUAGACCCAGAAUCCUGCCAUAUCCUGACAGAAACACUUAGCACCUACGCCCUGGUGGGACAGUCAACCACCAAAGCAGCAGCAAAACGUCUCAAGCUGGCCAUCUUCGGGCCGCUCUCCUGCUCAUCGCUGGAAUACAGCAUCCGAGUCUACUGCUUGGAUGACACUCAGGAUGCCCUGAAGGAAGUUCUACAGCUGGAGAGGCAGAUGGGAGGACAGUUACUGGAAGAACCAAAGGCUCUGCAUUUUAAGGGAAGCACCCAUAACCUCCGUCUGUCCAUUCAUGACAUUGCCCAUUCUCUCUGGAAGAGCAAAUUGCUGGCUAAAUACCAGGAAAUUCCCUUUUACCACAUCUGGAGCGGGUGUCAGAGAAAUCUACAUUGUACCUUCACCCUGGAAAGGUUCAGCCUGAGCACGCUGGAGCUGGUUUGUAAACUCUGCGUACGGCAGGUCGAAGGAGAAGGACAGAUCUUCCAACUCAACUGUACGGUGUCAGAGGAACCUACUGGCAUUGAUUAUCCUCUCAUGGAUUCAGCAAGUACCAUCACCACCAUAGUGGGACCGAGCGCUUUCAGUAUUCCUUUGCCCAUCAGACAAAAGCUCUGCAGCAGCCUUGAUGCCCCACAGACCAGGGGCCAUGACUGGAGGAUGUUGGCCCACAAACUGAAAUUGGACAGGUACCUAAAUUAUUUUGCUACAAAAUCGAGUCCUACUGGCGUGAUCCUAGAUCUUUGGGAAGCCCAGAAUUUUCCUGAUGGCAACCUGAGCAUGUUGGCGGCAGUCCUCGAAGAAAUGGGAAGACACGAGACAGUUGUUUCUUUGGCGGCAGAAGGAAAAUAUUGAUGCAACCUUGGAAUGAAAAAGAAGGAAUGGAACUAGGGGAGUGGUACUGCCCUGUGAGCUAUGAAUAAGAAACAAAAUGAAUACCCAGACCAAUGAGUUUCACAAAAGACAUUUCAGAGAAGAAAACAUCAGCCCUGACUUUCACAUAUGUUCUCCUUGUACAUUAUGACAGGAUCUAAAAGAAAUCAUGCAAAGUUGUACCUUGAAAAUAUAAAUCAACCUAACGUUCCCCUCAGCUUGGCUGUACACUGCUUGGUACAGGAUUUUACAGUUUCCUAGGAAACGCUUUUUAUUGCUAUCCAGAUGUAUGGAUAAACUUUCUUAACAAUCCCAGUUUCUAUGGACGUUGUUUACAUCAAAUACCGGACAGGGGUAAGGAGACUGUCCAGGGCUCUUUAUAUUUUUGUUUAAAGCCAUUCUAGACAAAGCUGUGGACAGUUGGUUGUGGCUAUUUCAGAUGAUCAAUUUCCAGUGAAAUUCAGACUUUGGCUACAAAUCCGUGCAUCAAGUGUCUCAAAAUAAUCCUCUCAUCAUUGUUCUGUUUCUUAGAUCUGGUUGUAAGACCAGUGUUUUGAAACGUAUGCAUCUGGAAAGCAGAUAAUCUGGGUGCUAAGCAGGAAUGCAUGUCUCUCUCCCCGCCUCCCCCAAGGGAAUUCCACGGGUUCGUUGUGAAAAAUAGCUGUAGGAUUGUAGGGAAGAUAGGGAUUCAUUUUCAACUCACAAUAUAAUCCACUCCCUUCUUAAAGAAAGUGUGUGCGUGUGAGGGAGAUGCAAUUUGGAGUGUGGGUUGGGUGGAGGGAAAUAACCCUGCAAACAGAUUUUGCUAUAAUGAUUAUUUACUGAUAAGUAUCUAGUGCAAGGAUUAUUAUUAUUUUAUUUUAAUUUCUAAUUUUGUCAGCAAUAGCAUGUAUCAUUCAAGUGUCAGCAGCACCUGUUCUCUCCCUUCUGGAGCUGCAUGGGUUCUUCUAACACACUUCCCUUCAAAUGCCACUCUCCCUCCCCUUCUCCAGCCAUUGUGCUCACCCUGCAAGGCCUCAGGUUGCCAGCAGGGCAUGCUCACAUGGUUAGCAUACACUGGACCAGAUCCUCCACUGGUGUAAAUUGAACUCAAUGAUUUAAACCAGCAGAGGGUCUAGUUCAAUGAGUUCCAACUACCACACCAUGUGAGCUACUGCAACACCCCCUAUUUACUAAUGAUUUGAGGAGCAAACAUCCCAUUGUUAUGCUGGAAGCCGUGCUGUGAAUAAACCCUCCCAAACCAACUACACAUAGCCCUUAAUUUUCAGAAGCACGUGUAGCAACAGUAUGCAGGUACUUCUCGUGAAUGCCUGAUGUGGAUAUUCAUGUGUGACAUCAGGCAAUGUGUGUGCAAAAAUAUGCAUGUGUACUCUGGAAAAUAAAGACCAUAGGCUCUGUAGUUUUUUUUAACAGGUCUUGAACAGCCACCACUCCCAUUUACUUUCCUUGGAAUUGUGGGUGCUCAGCCCCACUGAAAAUCAGUCCCUUCCAUUUUGAUCAAAGGUGUAUGAUAGUGGAGGACAGUUAUGGAACGGGGAGGCUGCUCCAUUUUAUUCUACAGGCAAAUUCUGCUGUGUGUGAUCCGUAUGGUGGAUCUUUACUGCUGUUCUGCCUCCAUGGAGGGAAGUGCCACUAGAGACCAUGAGAGUUCCACCCCGCAGGGCAGUGUAGAAUAACAGUGUUGAAUUCUGCUCUACAGCAGAGCUUUCUCCUCGCUAUUUCCACACCCUAUAAAUGCUCUUCGAAGUUGUCUCAGCAGUUACGGCUGGAACUCAUUUCCACUGUGGUAGAAGGUGCUCAUUUGUUUUCAUCUCAUGUCCCUCUUGGCCAUUUUGAUGUGUGCAAACAGCUGAUGUGGGGAGUUAGGCAAGUAAAGCUAACUGUUGUUUUUCCGGUUGCCAUUUCUUUGCAGACUUGUUUUGCUUUGUGCUUAGUGGGAAGAGUGACUCUUUUGUAUGAUGUAGGCCAGAUCAUUUCAACAUUUCUUCCUAACCUUUCCUUUCACUUCCAAUGCUAGGAAAGCAUUCUCACCCACGCCAUCGAGCCAGCCCCUGAUUAUUUUAUUUAUUUAUUUUAUACUCUCACUUUGUAUUCUUCUAGGGGAUUUUUUUUCUCCUCAGGUUUUAAAGUCUGCAUUUUUAAAUGUAACUGUGGAAAUGUCAUUCGUCGAAAUGGAAGGCGAAUUUCGUCUGACCUUUUCCCCAUUUUGACAUUCCUGUAGGCUUCUUAGCUUCAGCUCAGUGUCACCGACAGUGUAUUUAUUAAACACGGGACAAUGUUCAUAAAAACCAUUCCCUGGUAGAGAGCAGUUUGCCAGCAACUCACAAGUGGUGAAACCCAGAUAUAGACUCAUAGGGCUGGUGUGCACAGGUUCUUACCUGCAGAAUCUGCCUGUGUUUUAGUGUGAAGUGAAGGACUCUCUCUGAUGCUCUUCAACCUGAUUGUCCUUUUCAUAUGCAGCCUUAUAAUCCUGUUGUUUUCGGGCCUAAUCUAAACCCCAUGGAAAUCAAUGAAAGUCUUUCCAUAGACUUGAGUGGGUUUUGGUUCAGUCUCACUAUUUCCUCUAGUCUUCCCCACUACUCCCCUCUUGUCUCCAAUAUGCCUUCCCAACCUAGCCUCAUCUAUGGCCUUCUGACUCCUUCAUUUCUCCCUCUUUAGGGAAGCAGAGUCCCUGCCUUUCAGCAACAUUAACCAUUUUCCCACACUCUGUUCCUCCCCAACGGUGUAAGAGGGGGGCUGAAAGAUGUGUCCCAGUUUUCCUCCCUUUCAGCUCCAAGCAGGUACGUCUUUCAUACUCCUCCUGCUGGGCUGCUCUUUCAGACAGGCUGAUGCUGUUUUCUGUCUCUCAGCUCCUGCCUUCCACUCCUAGGAGCAGCUUUUGUCGUAUAAAGCUCUAAGAUCCUUUGAACUCGCUACUGUAUGUUUUCACUCAGUACGCAAUUCUGACAGCAGGUCAACAUCAUUCUCGAUGUACAGUACUUCCCUCAUUUUGCCACUAAGGGAUUGGUCAGUAGAAAAAGCUUAGCCCAUAUCCUGAGGGGGGUGGAGAGUGAGUGCCUAUCCAAACUAAUAUUGAGAAAGGGGAGGUGCUCUUGACUCAGAACCGAAGUUGUUCCUAUUCUUAUUCCAGCCCAUUUGCUUGGGUGUCCAGUAAUCUGAAAAGAUCUCAAGUAAUCCAGUGUAGGGACAAAGGUGCUCUCUACUUCCCUUCUCUACUGCAGAUACAUUUGCAGCUCAAAACUCAUCUUUCUAAAUUUCACUUGGAGUGCUCCACAUUCAAUAUGCAUCCAUUCCAUUGAGGAAAUGGAGGGGAUGGGGGGGGUGUUUUUUGGGGAGAGGGAUUAAUUUUCAAAAUCCCUUGGAUAGGAGAAAAUAGAAGCAGUCCUUACCUCUGUAUGUUUGUACACACUGCCAUCUAGUGCUAUGGACCAUACUCUUUAUGGAAUACUGACACCAGCUUAAAACUAAUAAAGAUUACCUUACAUAUUACCGGAGGGAAAUAAAUGUUGUGAGCCGGCUGUUUAGAAUGGCAAUUCAGUUGUGCAGACAGCACCAACUCUUAAGAACUGUCAUAACAUUUACAGUGGGGGAAUCAGCUUGUUUAAAAGAUGACUGCACGCUUCUUAUCCUCAACAUAUUUACUUUUUUUAAAAAAAAAAAAGCUUAAUAUUUUCAUUGCCCACCCCAUGAUUUUGAAUUAUUGCAAUUUUGCUGCUCAUUAUGCCACCUCCUCAUUACAUGUUGGUUGCUAAUGAUAUAAAUAAAAUAUAUAUGUUAUAUAUAAAUAUAUAAAAAAUAUCUACAGACUUUGAAGAAAAUCUUUAGUUUCUGAUUUAAAAUCACUAUUGGAUGGAGUUGUUUUAGCCUCAUUGCUUUGGGUUCUUUUGUGUUGUUUUCCUCGUAAAGGCAGCUGUCAGUGUACUUGAUAAGUCCUGUGUAAGUUUUACAUGCACACCAGCUGUAUCAUAUUGAACAGUGUGAGACCCGGUGAUUAUUAUUUUUAUGAAUCAUGUACAUUCUGAAGUGAUUGAGGUCUCUUCAGACAGGA